UUAGUAUUAUAAUGACAUCUGUUUCUCUUUCUAAGAUUUGAUUAUGCACAUGCAAAGAUGAGCAACAACAAUCUUCAAAACUUUCCCAAUGCGUCACCGACCAGCAUGUCAAAAAAUCCCCAGCAAGACUGCCAGAUGGACACCGCCAGCUUGCAGGUUCCGCUGGCUAUUUUGUACGCACUUUUCUUCCUGUUCGGGUUGGCUGGGAACCUGCUAGCUCUCUGGGUGUUUCUGCGAGUACAUCCAAAGAAAAACUCUAUUCGCAUUUUUCUCAUUAACUUGGCUCUGGCUGACUUACUUCUUGUGAUAUGCCUGCCUUUCCGAGUGGUGUACCAUUCCAACAAUGACCGGUGGGUGCUGCCGUCAUUACUGUGCAGGAUAGUGGGUAACAUCUUUUACAUGAACAUGUACAUUAGUAUAAUCUUACUGGGCUUCAUAAGCGUAGACCGUUACUUGAAGUUACAGAGGGUAUCCUGUAGGCGGGUGUUUCUGCAGAGCCGGUGGAGUGCACUUCUCUGCUGUGUCAUCUGGACUGCGUCACUUGCUGCAGUAACGCCACUUAUUGUCCAGACUCCAGAGAAUGGUGAACCCCAACAGUGCUUCCAAUAUAAAAAUCUGCAAAACUCCAAAUGGAAAGCCUAUUUCAACUUUGCCGUUGUGGGUAUAUUUUGGGUGGUCUAUGGUGCGUUGGUAAUCUGCUAUGGAAGGAUUGGAAUGAAGCUCCUUACAGCCUCCAGAAAGAAACCAGAUUUCCCAAACGCAGCCAAGUAUAACAAAACAGCAUGGAAAUCCUUCUUCGUGCUCUUCCUCUUCACAAUAUGUUUUGUGCCCUACCACUCAGUGAGGAUUUUCUAUAUUAUGUCACAGAUGGAAACUGGCAUAUCUUGCGACAGGAUAAAUGUGUUGGAUAAAACCAAUGAAGUAGUUCUACUACUAUCUGCACUUAAUAGCUGUUUGGAUCCAGUUAUGUACUUUUUGUUGUGUAGUUCUAUUCGCAAAGUGAUGCUGAAAAUCAUCUGUAAUUGCUUCUGUCAGCAAAUCACCAGAGGACUGAUCAGUUCUAGUGACUCUCCUAAAGAACAGCCAAAAAUCAGUGUAGUUGUGCCUAGGACAGACACCCAGGAGCAGGUCAAAACAUCAAAAACAACAAAGACAGAGUAUGAUGUGCAAUGAGAGUUCUUUAAACAUAUGAACCAAACAUAUGAGUCCAAAGGCACAGCAAAGUUAAAUGAAACAUAGUUAUAUGUUGUGAACAGUGUGAAGUGUAUUUCCUUUUGUUAACCAUUGAAAACACUAUUU